UCUUCAAAUAUUCAUCUUUCUCGCCUUUAAUACUUCCAUCUUCUUCCUCAAAUAAACCUAAUCCAAAUCCAAAUCCCCAACUUCAAACCUUCAAAACCAUGUUCCUUAAACACCCCUCUUCCCCCCUUCUCCUCCUUCUCCAUCUCCUCCUCUUCUUGGCCGCCGCCGCCGCCCUAGCCCGCCCAUCUCCGCCGCCCAACUUCCUAUACCUUAAUGUCAAACCAACCAAAUUGGAGCUUAAUCACACUCACAUUCUUCCUACCCUUAAUUUCUCCGACGCCCACCUCCAAGUCACUGCUCAAAAAUUCCACAAUACUACGCUUAAGCUCAACCUUCUCCACCGAGAUAAACUACCCCACGUCCAUGCCCAUCGCCACGCCUUCAAUGAACGUAUCAAAAGAGACGCCAUAAGAGUCGCCACCCUCAUCCGCCGCCUAUCUCACGCCGCCGCCGCGGCGGCGCAAGAUAACAGUUACAAGGUGGCCAAUUUUGCCACGGAUGUCGUUUCAGGGAUGGAAGAAGGGAGUGGAGAGUUUUUUGUUCGGGUCGGAGUUGGGAGCCCGCCGAGGAGUCAGUACAUGGUGAUUGAUUCCGGUAGUGAUAUCGUGUGGGUCCAAUGUCAACCUUGUACCCAAUGCUACCAACAGUCCGACCCGGUUUUCAACCCGGCUGAUUCCUCCUCCUUCGCCGGUGUCUCUUGUGGCUCCGCCGUCUGUGACCGCCUUGAUAACACUGACUGCCACGCUGGACGGUGUCGAUAUGAGGUGUCCUAUGGGGACGGGUCUUACACUAAAGGCACUCUCGCCCUCGAAACUAUUACCAUGGGCCAGGUCAUGAUUCGUGACGUGGCGAUUGGAUGCGGUCACACGAAUCAAGGCAUGUUUAUAGGGGCCGCUGGGUUACUCGGUCUCGGAGGAGGCUCAAUGUCAUUCAUCGGGCAGCUCGGCGGUCAAACCGGUGGUGCAUUCAGCUACUGUUUAGUGAGCCGAGAUACGGGCUCGACCGGGACAUUGGAAUUCGGUCGUGGAGCAAUGCCGGUAGGCGCCACGUGGAUUUCCCUGAUUAGAAACCCACGCGCCCCGAGCUUCUACUACAUCGGACUCGCCGGCGUCGGCGUCGGUGGCGUUCGAGUUCCGAUACCGGAAGAAACUUUUCAGCUCUCCGAGUACGGUACUAACGGCGUCGUAAUGGACACUGGCACUGCUGUGACGCGUCUACCAACGGCAGCCUACGAGGCAUUCCGCGAUGCGUUCACAGCCCAAACCAACAACCUCCCACGCGCUGGUGGUGUGUCGAUCUUUGACACGUGUUUCGAUCUCAAUGGGUUCGAGUCCAUACGGGUGCCAACGGUGUCGUUUUACUUCUCCGACGGGCCGGUUCUGACGUUACCAGCAAAAAACUUUUUGAUUCCGGUCAACGGCGCCGGAACUUUUUGCCUCGCUUUUGCUCCGUCGCCGUCGGGACUUUCCAUAAUCGGAAACAUCCAGCAGGAAGGUAUUCAAAUUUCAAUCGAUGGGGCCAAUGGUUUCGUGGGAUUUGGCCCAAAUGUUUGCUAAAUAAGCAAAUUCUAUAUUAAGAUUUGGAAUACAGUCUUUAAAUCACAUUAUUAUUUUGUUUCAAAGCUAAUAGAUAAAUCACAUGUAAAUAAAAUAAUGUUUAUUUGGCAUUA